AUGGCGACGGCCGCGGUUCCGCACCGGAAGCGACCCUACCACUCCUACUUCCGAUCCGCGCGGGCCUGUGAGGGCGCUCGUGCGGCCACAGUGCCCCCUGCUGCCCGGGAGGACCUCGUGGCGCGCCUCCCAGCCCCAGCUCCGCCCCGCCCUACGAUCCCCCACGUGACCGCUAGAGGGCGUCUAAGCUCCGCUGGGGCCCGUGACCUCGUCCUCCGAGGUGAGUGUCCCAGCCCGGGCCGUGGCAGUGCCACCAAGCGAAAGAAGAAGCAGCGACGGAACCGAACCACGUUCAACAGCAGCCAGCUGCAGGCACUGGAGAGAGUGUUUGAGCGCACGCACUACCCCGAUGCCUUUGUGCGUGAGGAGCUGGCCCGGCGUGUCAACCUCAGCGAGGCACGUGUCCAAGUCUGGUUCCAGAACCGCCGUGCCAAGUUUCGCCGGAACGAACGUGCCAUGCUAGCUACACGCUCUGCCUCGCUGCUCAAGUCCUAUGGCCAGGAGACCGCCAUUGAGCAGCCGGUGGCCCCCCGACCUACCGCGCUGAGCCCGGAUUAUCUGUCUUGGCCAGCAUCAUCCCCCUACAGCUCUGUGCCUCCCUACAGCCCCGGAGGCUCAAGUCCUGCCACCCCUGGGGUCAACAUGGCCAACAGCAUCGCCAGCCUGCGCCUCAAGGCCAAAGAGUUCAGCCUGCACCACAGCCAGGUGCCCACAGUGAACUGACAGUGUGGACUGGGUCCAGCCUCCUUCCUGACCCAGUGACAGACAGCAGCAACGGAAGUGGCCUUGUCUGUCUCUGUCCCCAGGGAGACUGGGCAGCCUCUCCUGUGCCUUCUCUUCACCCCAGCUUCCUGAGUUCCAGAGGCCUGCCGGGUGCUAGAAGUGCGGGUGAACAUCUCUCUGCCUAUGGUGGCUGAGACUGUGGCCUGAGGUCCCUGGAGCGGCCUGGCCGGAAGGCGGAACAGGAGUCCGCCAAGGAACUCACUUAUGUAUUAAAACCAAAAAGCUUUUGUCUUUAAGGAAUAAAACCAUUUUUCUUAA